AUGAUUUGUGUCAUGUUUUCUACUUUUGUUUGGCAAUUAGGCCUGAAUUUAGGUGUUAUUAGUUUUGACAGAAUAACCCGUCCACGGAGUGGUACAGUCCGUCCACAUUAUCUCGCUGAAUGCGGAAGUCAGGACGGAUUAAAUAAUCCUCCCCAUUGGACUCCACCACCGCUGUCCGGCUCCAACGCUUGGCUCACCACCCUCUCUUGCCCCGUCCAAGCUGCCCACGGUUCGAUGCCGAAUCCGUCAGAAGGUCAAGAAGCAAACUGUUGUGCCCUGCCUGGCCGGCCGCCGCCACAGAGGCCCGGCGAGCAAGAAGAUGGCCGCGGCGCCGUGUUUAGCUCUCUCUCGUCUCAGGAAACGGCCAAACCACGUCGGGCGUCCAGCGCCGAACUCCACAUCCAGUGGACCUGUCCUGUCACGCACUCCCAGGAGACGUUCUACACGGUGUGCUCCGACUACGCCCUCCUAAACCAGGCCACAGCCGUGUACUGCCCCCAACCGGACACCCUCAGCAGCAGAGACGCAGUUCCCAAGAUGCAUGAAGAGGGGGCUCUUAUUGUGAAGCCGUUGCUGGAGCUGAGUCAGAUAGAGGUGACCAGCGUUGGGUCGGACGGGGACUACGAUAUGGAGGAGAUGUCCGCCCACAACAAACCUAUCCUCGCCUGGGAGAUCGACACAACAGACUUCGCGGCCGUUCUGACUAGGAAGAGUAAAACAAGCAACCCCAAGAAGGCGGGCUCCAAGAAGACGAAGAGCCGGAACCUCCAGGACCCUCCCCUUCACCCAGCCCAGGAGGAGCUCCGACAGAGGAAGGUGCUGGACCUCCGGAGAUGGUACUGUAUCAGCCGGCCGCAGUACAAGACGUCGUGUGGGAUCUCCUCGCUGAUCUCCUGCUGGAACUUCCUGUACAGCACGCUGGGGGCGGGAAGCCUUCCUCCCCUCUCCCAAGAGGAUGCCCUCCACAUCCUGGGCUUCCAGCCGCCGUUCGAAGACAUCAAGUUCGGACCGUUUACCGGGAACGCCACGCUCAUGAGAUGGUUCCGGCAAAUCAAUGAAAACUUCAGAGUUCGAGGUUGCUCCUAUAUUCUGUACAAACCCCACGGAAAGCACAAGACUGCAGGGGAAACUGCGGAGGGGGCGUUGCAGAAGCUGACCCAGGGUCUGAAGGACGCAUCCAUGGCUUACAUCUACCACUGUCAGAACCACUACUUCUGCCCGGUGGGCUUCGAGGCCACACCCCUCAAGGCUUCCAAGGCAUACAGGGGGGCUCUGCCAGCCAACGACACGGAACAUUGGAUCCUCAUCGGAGAGCCGAGCCGGAAACACCCGGCGAUUCACUGCAAAAAGUGGCUCGAUAUCGUGACGGACCUGAACACACAGAACCCAGAGUACCUGGACAUCCGCCACACAGAGAGGGGGAUUCAGUACCGAAAGACCAAGAAGGUGGGCGGGAACCUCCACUGCAUCAUGGCCUUCCAGAGGGUGCACUGGCAGAAGCUGGGCCCCUGGGCCCUCAACCUGGAGAACCUGCGCCACGACUUCCACCAGCGGGAGCCCGAGUCUGCCAACUGUCCCGCGCCCGAGGGGAGCGGCAGCGGCGGGGAGGACAAGACCUCCGCCAAGCGCCUGGCCCGCCUCGGACGCUCUCAGAGCACGGGAAGUCCGAAGGACACUGCCUGGAAGCGGUUGUCGAGCACGACGGACAACCGGAGGAGGAGCCCGGCGGGGUGUGACAUUGAGGAGCACCUGACAGACUGAGGUGUGGGAGCGAGCCGGCGCGCGACGAGAGAUGAGUGUUCAAACCACGCCAGAGACAUCGAGGUACAACUGCUACGCUACGAUCGCAACGUUCCCGUUCCCUCUCCACUCCGAAUGUAAGGUUAAAAUACUAACAACUAACUAAGUUAAAUGCUAAACUAUGAGCUACCCUACUUAACUUUUAGCUUAGUUUAAACUUUGACCAUCAUGUGGGAACCUGGAGGCCGUCAGAUGUCGGGGUAGAAGCGUUAAACCCCCCCAACUUUUUUAGGUCAAAUGAUUCCUAUGGUUCUUUGAAUAAACAGUACGUCUCGUUUUGACAAUCUGAGCUACCAACAGGGACUAUAGUGCAACAGAGCGCUCUACAGUAAAUACAAUGUGAUAUCUGGUGACAUGCGGUUUGAAUUGAAUGAAUGCCGAUUGUUUAUUUAUUGUAUUUGUUCUUAAGUGUAAUAAGUUGGAGUAGUGCUUCAGUGAACCUGGAUGACCCUCGCUGAUAGUGUAGUGUAGUUAUCCUAUUCAUGUUUUCUGUCUUAAACAUAUUCCCUUCAUAUUUGAUACCCUCAACCCCCAUGUUCAACACCCCUUCAGUGUUUUGGACAUAGUUCUUAAGGAAAACAAUAAAUAUUAAUAGAAA